CAGCCUUCAAGGAAGCAUCACAUCUUAAAGAGCUAAAAAUUAUUAACCAAAUACAAGCAUGUCUCAAAUGCAUAAUACCGAGUUCUACAAGGAGGCUUUGGAACAAAAGCAGCAAGAUACCUGUCAGCCCAUGGAGGAAUUGGAGCCCAACUACAUAGACAACCUGCACAUCAUAUUCUUCGAGCAGAUCUUCGAGGAGAUCGAGAACCUGAGCGAUCAGGUUAGGAUGGCCCGGGCCUAUCCGCAGUUCAUGCCCCAGAUCCUCAAGUUCUGGCAGCGACGACUGCACCUUGUAGUGGGACCUAACACCCCCUUCCUGGGACUCCUAGACAUCGAGGACUAUGUGUUCUUCAUGGAACACAUGGCCGGCAGCUUCACCGAUCUGCAUGUGCACGAUGGCGUUGGCCCCUUUUCCGAAUUCUACGAUUACAUCACGCAUCUGUGCGACAUCAACAUCACCAGGUUUCCCAAGGUGGACACUUGCAUUCUGGCGGGGAAUCCCAAUACAGUGGUCGAUGAGGAUAUUCGGGAUUUGACAGUGAUGCUGCCCAAUCUCAAGCGACUGAUGACCUGCAUGAACCUAUCUGGCUUGUACAUGCGUGGCUUCAGGAAGCUGGAGGAGCUGAUCUUCAACUCGCUGUACCACUCGGUGCCCCUGGAUAGCCGCUGGAUGCAGGAGAUCUGCCUGAAUAUGACCCAACUAAGGGUCCUGGACAUCACCGAUCAGUUUGACAGUUGCGUCAGGCUGACAGAGAUUAAAUUGCCCAAUCUGGAAGUGCUGAAAAUCAACCUGAGCACCGUGGAGGGCAUGUUAUCGGAGGUUCUGCAGCUGCCCAAGCUGCAGAAACUAUCCGUGCGAUUCGACGACUCGCGGCAAUUGAAUGCCGAUAAGGAGACCAUCUUCCAGCAGAUUGUGGUGGCCAAGAGCGACAGGAUCACCCGGAUAGCCCUCAACAAUGAGGUGGUGCAACUGCCAGCCCGUUGGCAGCAUAGUCUGCUCCUGGAGCUGCCCAAGCUGAGGAAGGUGAUCUGCGAGAACUGGUGCCACAACGACUUCUUCCUGGAUCGCCAGCACUUGCCCUGCCGCCAGAUGGAGGUGCUCAGCUUCAGUGGCUGGGAGAUUGUGAGGGAGAAUCAGCUCUUGGAACUGGUCACCGAGUGUGUGAAUCUCGAGCACUUGGCCCUGAACAGCUACCACAGCAACUGGGAGAAGCUGAACAAGCUGGUGAACAUUCGAAAUCAGGAGCGGAACCCCAGACCCCUGCAGGUCUUCAGCGAUAUGAUGUGGGGCAACUUCACACCCGAGGAGUACUACCACUGGCAGUGCAACAAGUACGUCCAGGUCACCUGCGACAGCACUGAAUACGAGUACCAGGAGGAUGGCUUCGAGUUCGAUUUCGAGUAGAGCACUGCUGGAAUAUCAAAUUGUAUAUAUAAAACAUUUUUUUAAUAUUUUUUUUAUAUUGUAAAUAAACA